AGAUCCAUCUUUGAUUUGUCUUGUUUCGCUUCUUUCCUCGUAUUUUGUUCAGUUUUGUAGACGAAACGAUUUGAUGCUUCUCCAUUACAAUAACUCUGAUACAGCAUACGUGAGUUUAUAUGAUGCUGUCAGCUUCGAAUUUGGUUGGUGUGCGUUUUAAUUUGCGUGUUUUUAGACUUGAUUGGCCACCCGUUCCUGGAUGGAAACAUUGACGUUUCGUCUUCGCCGGUAAUUAUAAUUUGAAGAGCCAUAGGUAACACAGCAGGCAUCCGGUCACGUGAGAAUGGGUCGAGGAGUCAGCAGCGGCGGAGGGCAGAGCUCCUUGGGCUACCUUUUUGGCGGCGACGAGCCUGCCAAAUCCGCCGCCAACAACCCAAACCCUGCUCGGAAUCCAAAUCCAUCUCCCAUUGAUGACACCAAGCAGAUUCCCGCCGGCAUGCUGGGAAAUCUCACAAACAAUUACUUCCGAGCAGACGGUCAGAACAAUGGAAAUUUCAUUACUGACCGACCUUCAACCAAGGUGCAUGCAGCUCCAGGCGGUGGUUCAUCUCUGGGCUACCUCUUUGGCGGUGGAAGUCAGUGAUCUCAUUGGGCUGAGCUUUUGGAGAAUGAAAUCUAAAUUGAACCAGAAAUUACAUUUUUCAGCAAUUUUUAGCUGAUUACUUUUAAAAAAAGGAAAAAAAUUUGUUCUUUUGGUUGUGAUGUGUAGUAUCAUAUUGCUUUCUUGUGGGACUAUGGAUUGAUUCAUGAUUAGGGGGAAGAAUUUGAUCCAUCAGUCAUUAUCUGUAGACUCUUUAUUGAAAUGCUUGUUACCAAACUGGCUUAUUGUAA